UUGGUUUCAAACCGUGGCUUAAUGUCAAAAGCGUAGCUUUUGACAUUGAGCCAUGGUACAAAGCCGUGUUUUUUAUUUUAAGCUAUGGUUCAAAGCUAUACUUUGACUUAAAUCUAGUUGGUUUCAAACCGUGGCUUAAUGUAGCUUUUGACAUUGGGACAUGGUGCAAAGCUGUGUUUUGA